AGUGAAGAAAAACUCCAUGUCCACAGAAAGGUCGUUUGAAAUGUGUAAGGCAAAUGUCGUCAUUCAACCUUGAAACUCCGCUCAAUCCGUGCAAGAAUGAGCAAUAUUAAAAUACGCAUAGAAAACUGUACAAUCUAACCCACGCGAAUUGAACCGUUGACCAGGAAGGCACGUAUUUUCGGUUAGUAACCUUUCCUUAGAUAAAUACAACAGUUGAUAAAAGUUCGUUCACUUCUAUAAAGCCAUCACAGGGACCGAACCGUAAGGUCAAUCGAACAACGGUAUUCAUCCAGUGCCAAACAGUGGUGGAAAGUUGCAUCCAAACGUAGAGAAAAUGCGGUUGGGUGCGAAAGUGAUAUACAGUUUAUCCCUGCUAGUUUUAGUGUGUGAAGCUUCAGUGAUCUACAAAAAUGAGUGCGAUUGCAAACGAAAAGUAAUGAAAGCUGCACCCCUACCGCCACCAGACUUUCACAGCAUUAAACAGUGCGAAGAAACGAAACCCACCGAUUUGCAUCCCAUCAAAGACAUGUGCUCGUGCGUAAACGUGGCCAACGUGCGGCCAGCUUGCAAUCCACUGGACGACGUUCCCAAAUUUGCACCAUCAACAUCGUGCGAGUGCGGCUAUGACGAUUGUAAACCGCCACCAAAGAAAUACCCUGCAGACGUGAUCAGUCAACACCUAGCUGUUGUAGCCGCUCGCAAGAAAACCAUUUCCGAGACAGACUUGCACUUCCACAGGCCACCCAUAAAGGUGCCUCCCUGUCCCAAAGAAGUACUGACCGUUCCAGAGGAACUACUCUACAAAAUGAACCGACAACCGAUCGAACUGAAACCUCCAAAGAGAAAGUACAUUCCUAGAGUAGACCUGUCCGAAGAGGACCAUCAACCGUGCCAGCCGGAGAAGCAGUACUAUUCGGACAUUUGCUACGGCAAGAUAGAACCACCGAACCCAGAUCUCGAACAGGUCAAGCAGGAGGAAAUUCCCUGCAAAGUUUGCACGGACAACCACACGGAGGAAGAGGAACCGACAGAUUGCCCGUGCGAAACGGAAGAAGACUGCGAGUCCGACGAGGAAACACCGGAUGAGGCAGAUGAAGAUGAAGAUGAUGCUGAAGAAGACGAAGAGGAGGAAGAAGGCGAGGAUGCCGAUUCAAACGAAGGUGCCGAAGAUGAUGCUUCGGAAGAAGACAGCGGCGAAGAAGAGACGUACAGGAAACGAUCGAUACGGCCGGGAUCGUUCGGGAAGCAACGACAGUCGAAACGAAAAAUUCAAUAGUAUUAUAGUAAUAGAAUUGUUUUAAAUUGAAAUCAUUUCAUGUUUAUUGCUGUGAUCUAUGCCGAAUUCCUCACUGCAGUUGGUACUGGGCUAAUCGCUUUCUGUCACCCUGCU